UAGAGAUGAGAAUUGCUUGUGAAGGUCGUUGAGGUUGUAGUCGAAUAAGUGGAAACGUGGGAUUGUAAAGUGGAGCAUUCAUUUGCCGGUGUUUGAAGCAGCGAGUAGUUUAAUUAUUACACGGUACUAACUGUUUAGUGUAAGGUGUAAUCAUGGCAAUGGCACUAAGGAACCACCUACACACUCUGAUCAAGAGCACGUUGUUGCGACAAGUCGCCAACAAAUGUUUCUGGACAAAUUUGGAAAUGGGCCCCCCAGAUGCCAUCCUGGGUUUAACCGAGGCCUACAAGAAGGACAGCAAUCCAAAGAAAGUAAACGUUGGUGCAGGCGCGUAUCGCGAUGAUGAAGGCAAACCAUACGUCCUGCCAGUGGUCCAGACCGCUGAGAAACUCAUCAUGGAGAAGAUGAUGAACCAUGAGUACAGUCCAAUUGCAGGACCUGCUGAAUUCUGCCAGAAAGCAGCCGAGCUCGCGCUGGGCGCUGAUAACCCAGUAUUGUCCGAGGGCAGAUAUGCAACGAUUCAGACCAUCUCCGGCACUGGUUCCCUGCGCAUAGGCGCCGCAUUUAUCGCUGCUUUCCAUGAGGGUGAGAAAUGUGUGCAUCUGCCCAAACCCACCUGGGGCAAUCAUGUUCCCAUCUUCAAACACAGUGGCAUGGAUGUUAAAAUGUACAAGUAUUAUGACCCAGAGUGUAUUAGUUUUGACUUUGAGGGCUGCUGCAAAGAUUUGUCUGCACUACCAAAGAGGUCUGUGGUGUUGAUGCAUGCAUGUGCGCAUAAUCCGACUGGUGUUGAUCCUUCCAAGGAGCAAUGGGAUCAUUUAUCUGAAUUGUCAAAGGAUAAACAGUUCCUUGUUUAUAUGGAUAUGGCCUAUCAAGGAUUCGCAUCUGGAGACUUUGACAGAGAUGCGUAUUCAGUGCGCAAGUUUGUUAAGGAUGGUAAUGAGAUUAUUCUAUCACAAAGUUUCGCUAAGAAUAUGGGAUUGUACGGCGAGAGAAUUGGAGCGUUGUCGGUUAUUACUGAUUCCAAGGAUAGUGCUGCAAAGGUUCUGUCCCAGUUGAAGAUUUUAGUCCGUCCGAUGUAUUCUAACCCGCCUAUUCAUGGCCAGCGUAUUGCUACCGAAGUGUUGUGUGAUGAGAAACUCAAGUCACAAUGGGAGAAGGAAGUUAAAGGCAUGGCUGAUCGUAUUAUUGAUGUGCGUAAACAAUUGCGUCAGCAUUUGGAAGACAACGGCUCUAAGAAAAAAUGGAAUCACAUUACCGAUCAAAUUGGUAUGUUUUGUUACACCGGCCUGAAACCCGAAGAAGUCGAGCGACUCACAAAGGAAUAUAGCAUUUACCUGACCAAAGACGGACGUAUUUCAAUGGCGGGCGUGACAAGCAAGAACGUUGAAUACCUGGCUAAGGCCAUUCAUGAAGUCACAAGAUAAGUACCAGAUUAAUACACGCUAAUUCUAUUUUUGUACCUCAAAGGUUUAAAGAUUCCUACAAUCUGCGAUAUUGCGAAUGUGAAAUGAUAUAAUUUGUUGCGCACGGUUUUCCAGCUUUAAAAUACACAUUUGGAGUGAAGGAAAA